AUGGCGUUACUUAAUAUCGACGUUUCAGCAACACCAGUUAGUAUAGUAGCUUAUUCGUUUAUUGGUAUAACAUAUCUAGCAAUUCUAUAUGGUAUAUAUGGUGCUCUAUUUACUUUUUUUCAAUUUCUUCGUGUUGGUCGAAAACGCUUUUUUCAACGAGUCGAUCGGCCAUCACCACCAUCGAAAGCAAUGGAUCCCAUUUAUGGUAAUCAUGAAAUGAUUAAAUUAAAGUCUUCGGGUAUAUCACUUCAUUAUGUAUCAAAAGGUUUACCAAAUCAACGAAUGUUAUUAUUUGUUCAUGGUUUUCCUGAAUGUUGGUAUUCAUGGCGAAAUCAAAUAAAGCAUUUUUCGAAAAAGUAUCGUGUUGUUGCUAUUGAUCAACGUGGUUAUGGUCUUAGUUCGAAACCACCUUUUGUUUCUGAUUAUCGACUUGAAGCAUUAGCUGGUGAUGUUGCUGAUGUUAUUGAACAACUGGGUUAUGAGUCAUGUGUUUUAGUUGGUCAUGAUUCAGGUGGUUAUGUUGUAUGGGCAACUGCAGUACUUUAUCCUCAUUUAAUUGAGAAAUUGGUUAUCAUGAAUUGUCCACAUCCAGGUGCUUUUCGUCGAGAAUUAACAUUAAGUCAAAUUCAUCGAUCAUGCCAAAUUCCAUUUUUACCAGAACUGUCAUUUCAAGCAGAUGAUUUUUCAAUUUUUAAAAAAGCUUUUCAUGAAAAACCAACUGCAUUAGUUAAUAAAAACAAUAUUACAGAUGAAGAUAUUAACGUAUAUAAAUAUACAUUUUCUCAAAAAGGGACAACAAAAGCUGCCCUCAAUUAUUUUCGUGCUUUAUUUCGUUAUCAAAAUCACUUUUCAACAGUACAAAUCACUGCCCCAGUCUUACUUUUAUGGGGUUGUCCAGAUCCAACAUUAAAUGAAGGUCUUGCUGAUGCUAGCCAAGCAUUUUGUUCUGAUCUUCGAAUAAAAAAAAUUCCUAAUGCAUCACGUUGGAUUAAUCAAGAUUUACCGGAUGCUGUUAACAAAUAUAUUGAAGUUUUUCUUAAUGAAACUCCUGACAUUGAAGCACCAUAUGAUUUUUAA